ACAUUUUCAGCAAGUUCCGUGUGUUUCUGACUUCCAGUCAACAGAUGGCGCACGUGAUGAUUUAGUACUUCCUGCCAAAGCGGAAGCUAAACAUCUUCCAGUAUACCAGAAUCCUUUGCUUAUGGAUUUUUACAAAUAUAGUAUUACAUCACGAAACUCGAGGACAACUUGCUACGAUGUGUGGGCCACACAAACACGCUACUGCGUGUUACGUUUGACAAGUUUGGAAACUAUGGCUAUGUUGAUACUUCCUGAGAGUUGAUUAUUGUCGCCGACAGACGAAUUCCUACAGUGCCUCGAACCACCGGCAUUUCUUCUGACCAUCACUAUGGCAGCAGCAAAGAUGUCCAUACAGCGACAUAAGAGGAGUGUCCUGGACAAGGCUUCUGACAAGACCUCUAAGGUCCUGCCUGCCGAGGCGUCUCCGGACUCUAAAUGCCCCAUCUGCCUGGACAAAUUCAACAACAUGGCCUACCUCGACCUCUGCCUGCACAAGUUCUGCUUCCGCUGCAUUCACGAGUGGUCAAAGAACAAGGCAGAGUGUCCUCUAUGCAAGCAGCCGUUCCACUCAAUUUAUCACAGUAUUAAAUCGGAGAAGGACUUCAAGCAGUAUGACCUGCGGCCGGUGGAGAACGGUUCCUUUGGGAACUUUGCAGGGGAACGGUUCCGUUACCGAACCACGCUUACGGGGCAACGUCGGCAUGACCAGAGACGGACGUCGCCUCCCCCCGACAACGGGGUCAUGUUUGAGGCCCUGACCGGCGAUUCCCCCUCGCCCCGCCAGGACAGAGGCCUCCGUCGCAUGCUAGCCCGUCUGGCGGCCAGGAGGCGGGCGGAAAGCGAAGGUCGGGCCAUGCGCAGCCUCCGCGAGCAGGAGAUGAUCGAUUUCCGGCGAGCGCUCUACCGGCGAGGGGUGCGGGUGCGGAGCGUGCGGGACGGCGGCCGCUCCCGGGACAUCUCGGCCGAGUUCCUGCAGGCGAACCCGGCCUGCCUGCACCGCCUGUUGCCCUGGCUGAAGAGAGAGCUGGUGGUGCUGUACGGGGCGCACGGCUCUCUGGUCAACAUCGUGCAGCACGUCAUAAUGUCGCGCAUCACCCGCUACAACAUGGAGGACCAGGCCAUGCAGGAGGAGCUGCAGCCCUUCCUCCAGGCCCGCACCGACCACUUCCUGCACGAGUUCAUCAACUUCGCCCGUUCACCUUUCAACAUGGAGGCUUACGACCAGCACGCGGUGUACGACUGCCCCGCUCCGUCCUCGGAUGAGGGCGGCAGCCUCGACUCGUCUGUGAUCGCCAUCUCUGAAGACGACGACGGGGCGGGCGAUUUGGCGGAUCUGGACCCUGUUGGGGACUCCGUGUCCGGGGGCGACACAAGCCGGGCAGCGUGGGACGAUGAGACACCGGGGCCUUCGCACUCCAGCGCCGAACCAGCCAGGCCCGUGGCACUGUCGAUCAGAGACUCGGACUCGGAGAGCAGCGCGGAGGGGGACUGUGAAGCGGUGUCCCAGCCGUCGGCCCCUCGCCCGAGGACGGACUCUGCCCGGAUCAAGACAGACAGAUCGCCGCGUGUCUCGUCUGGCGAUGAGGAUUGCGUCAUCGUGGGCUAUGUCAAACCGCUGGCCGAGAGGACGCCGGAGCUCGUCAAGCUGUCCUCCGACUCUGAAGGGUCAGUCCUGGAGGAGAGCAGAGACACGGUGCCCGGUCUGCCCCAGCACAUUCGCUUUACCAGCGUCAGCCCCACCCCCUCCCAGCGCCAGUGUCCUGGGGGGUCAGACGGGGCGGACAGGGAGCCAGACGUAUCGGGGUCCGGGGGGAGAUGUCGCGCCUCACCCUACGGCGGCCGCGAGACAUCGUCGAGCAAAGACGAAAAACACAGGAGGAGACACACUAGUCGGGAUAGGUCCAGAGGAAGCCCACGGUCCAGGAGCAAAGGUCGGGGGAGGCGGCCAAGGAGUGCUGAUCUCCGCCGUUCCACCAAAAGCCCGGCUGUCUCCAUCAACAGCGACAGCACACUCUCCCGAGGUAGGAGGCAGUCACGCUCCCGGAGCCACGACCGCUCCCACACUCAUGGAGAGAAGAGGAGGGCCAAUAAGGAGGGCACCCGACCGGGCCGCGGCCGCGAGUCUUCCUCACACUCCUUUCACUGGCAGUUCUACAGCCGGGAGAGGGACGGCAGCGCCGCAAUCUACACAGAGAGGACGUCCUACUACUCCAGCUCGCACUGGAAACCCAACCGCAGAUCCCCGACCCGGAGCCGUGAUUCCCAGCGGCGAGAUAAGAGGCGAAGUCGCUCCGGAAGUCACUCCAGUGCCGGCUCUCCUUCCGACUCUCACAGGAAGUCGCAUCACGAGAAGCCCGGCGGGAAGAGGAAGUACAAAACAAGACACCUGGAGGAGCCGCCGCCCAGAGACCUGACCUCCGACGCGGCGGGCGAGCCUCCCUCCCCAACCGGCUCGUCCGGCGUGAAGGACAAGGGGAAGAGCCGAGACGGACGUCGCAGAAAUUCCCGAGAGAAGCUGGGGGGGGGGAGGUGCAGGAGCCUCAGCGUGGAGAUCAUCUAUGAUGGCGGCGGCGGCGGCGGCGGCUCCUCUGAGCAGACCGGGAGGCGCCACAAGAAGAAGAAGAAGCACAAGAAGAAGAGCAAGAAGCACAGGAGUAAGGAGCGCCCCGUGUUGUCGGGGCGCCCGGCCACCGUUAUCAACAUAGACAGUGACAGUGACCAGCAUGCCGCCGACACCCACCCCACCGGCCUGGUAAGCAGCAGCACCGGCAAAGGACCGGUGGCGCCCACCAACGCCACCACCACUACAGGCGAGCCCUACUGAAUCUAGCCAACGGUUAAUGUUACGAGACUGGGAACAGUAGGCUGUGGGUUUGAGAAACGGCAAGGCUACCGACGCCGAGGGUAACUGUGCCUCUGCGGAUGAGCCCAACUGUCGUAGCCCUUGACGGGAAAAUGCGAAUCGUCCCUCGAUGGAAUCCUAAUGCUGGUUUCCUCGGCGUGUAGGCGACUGGUUUUACCCCAUAACUAUGUAUUUCACUUGGCUAGAGGUUAUAUAUACUGUUCUUCCAUAAGGUGCUCUUUCAUCUGGGAUGUGCCACUUCACUAAAGACAGAAAAAGGAGAAUGUUUACACGUUUCUGUGUUAUUUGAGAAGGUAGACGGCUGUGUUUCCACGGCCUGACCACACUGACUGUACCUUAUUCCCCAUCUGUAUUAUAGUCAACAGUAUCUGUAUACUUCUCAACUAAUUUCUUAUAGUCAGCUAUUCAUUCAAUCUCAGGGAUCACGUGGUGUACGUCUUGUAACCAAACACCUUUGGACCUGCCACUCAUGGAGUCUGAUAAAUAACUGGGAGUGGGAAUGGUGAACACUGCUUUUGUAACCGCGGAGUUGGAAAUGGUAAUAAAUGUUUCUACAUUUAAAUCA